AUGGAGUCUUCCACUUCAACCACCAAGGACACUUGCUCCUCCUCUCUUCCCACGACCUCUGCAACAACUACCACAACCACUGCCACCCCCUCUACCGGCGAGAAUUCGAUUGCAACCACAACCAACCCGCCUACUGAACCUACCCAAACCACAGGUGUCCCCUCUACUGAGGAUAAAGGAUCCUCUACCUCUACCGAGCAGGAAGACGCCACUAUCACCUCCUCGGAGCCGAAAACUUACACCGAGAUACCACCUCCACCUAGAGAGGGUACCUUCAAGACCGUCGACGAUGUUGAAGCCCACCUCACUGCUCACGCCCGAGCUAACCAAUACGAAAUCACCAAUCUAGACGUGCGCAAGAACCUCUUCUCGACUUGGAAAUGCGCUCUUGGACCGAAUCGCAAGCAGACCCGGGCUAAGAAAGCAGCUGAAGCACAGGGAAAAACGCUUGAUAUUCCCACAUGCCCCUUUGCGAUGACUGCGAAACGAGAUCCGGUCACCAAUACUUGGUACAUCAAGAUUGAGCACAACAAACACAAUCAUGGGCCAAUACUCGACAUGAAGAUUGAUCAUGACACGCCCUUGGUGAAGCCUAAGAAACGGAAACGAGGAGAAAAUGAAUCCAAGUCCAAUUCAAAUUCAUUUCAUCCCUCGAAUGAAGUCAAGAUAGCGCUCUCGAAGACUGAUACAACCUCGAAUCAGAUAGUAUCAGCCCCGAAGGAACCGAAUAAAACUUUUUCUCCACCUCUUACGUUCUCUGCAAUCCCUGAGCGAUAUCAUGCCUUGAUAACAAAUCUGCAAGAACUUGACGAAGCUACCGAGCAACGUCUACUUGCGGUCUUUGUAAGGGAUUGUCAACUAGCUAAAAAUAUCACUGAGCCAGCCAUCAACAUCAACAAACAAACAACCACUACCACCGCUGGACCUUCCCAUUCGCAAUCGAAUUCGACAGUAGAAACUGAUCAAGAACCCCAAAUACACGAACAAACAAAAGACAAAGAAGAACGCAAAAAUGAAGAGGAAGAAAAUGCGACCAUUGAUGAUAACGACUCUGAUGAUAUCCCUACGACUUUGUUAGUUGAUAAACAUACACCAGCGAAAACUACUGAGACUCAGACCAAGAAUUCAACAAAAACAACUAGUGAAGCGCCUUUGGAGCAAGCUACAGGUACUGAGAACAACAAAUCAAGGCCAACGACCCGCAAAUCCACUCGAGUAACUUCACAUUCAGAUAGUAUUGAACCACCUAAGAAGAAAUCAAAGAAAAAUCAAAAAAGCCAGCAUUCCAAUCCUACUCCUCCACAUACAGGAACAAGCACCCCCAACGAGACCGAAUUCCCGAAUAACGAGAACCCAGAAGUCGUAAAGGAAGUCUUAAAAGUGUGCUAA